CCUCUCAUCUCACCCUCUCACACACAACACGCUCUCCGCCGCUCGCUGGCUUUGGAGUUCCGAGAUGACAUACACCAGUUAGCGGAGUUGACAAGGCAUACCGUGUUCCUUUUUUCACCCCCCUUCGUCGCCAAUGUUUGCCAUUUGCAUGUAAACAAUGUGGCUACCUCACUCACAACGGUGCUUCGAUGACUAAGUGCAGCUCUGCAUGUGGAUUAUCCUUCGCAUCCUGAAAUGAAGCUACUGUGGAAAACGUCGUUUCUUCGGUACUCGAUGAAGGACCGACUUGGUGUUCGCACUUUUGGAUAUUGAACGUCGUGAAAUAUACUUCUGGUCCCCCAAAAUGAAACAUGUCCACUGCACACCAGAGGGCGUACCACCACGGCUCUACAUAUAUGCAGCCCUGCUCCAGAUGUUCUUCACUUUUGCCAGCAGUGCCCUCACAUGCAACAAACUCCCUACUCCGGAAGGCUACAAGUGCAGCUGUGACGACCGCUUCGGACAUGACAGCAUCGGAGGGUGGCACUUGGCUUGCUUUUCUCCGCAGCGACUUGAUGUGCAAGCAUUUAUGAUUGAGUAUGUCAUCAGUGACUCGGUGCGUGUUCAGUGCGACAGUGGUGCUCCGUUUCAAGAGGGAAUGUACCAGGCAUUUAACAUCAGUGAAGUGCAACGGUUUUCCUUCAGUUACUGUGAAAUGCCCAACGGGUCAUUUGCGGACGUGCUGCAGGGAAUGACAGUGACGUCACUUCGUUUGUUUGAUUGUAAAAUGGACGGGGCAUUGAGUAAGACACUCUUUGAGGGGCUCGACUCUCUCAAGAGGCUCUCGGUGACUGGCAACAAGAACUUGACCGAACUACCGGAGGACGUGUUUGGCAAUUUAACGAGUCUAGUGACCCUGGAACUUAACAACAAUGGCUUCAAAGAGCUUCCCGAAAAAGUGUUCUGGCCACUGACGAACAUUACUAGCAUUCAGCUGGGGGGUAAUCAACUGGAAAGCGUGCACUCUAGUCAGUUUCAGGGACUCAGUAACCUCGUAAAUCUCUACUUGUACAGAAACAAGCUGAAGGAACUUCCAGUAGGCGUCUUCAGCAACCUGACCUCGCUGAAAAACCUAGACCUCCUUCUGAAUCAGCUCACUAACAUCACGUCGGAUCACUUUGCUGAUCUUAUGCAGCUGGAAUACCUCAAGCUUGGUGGUAAUCCUUUUCAAGAGCUGCCAGAUGCCCUUUUCAUCCACAACAAGAAACUGGGGGAGUUGAAUCUCAACGCUCUGACCAAGCUCGGAUCUCCACCUGAGAAGUUGCUCAUGGGACUUGGAAGGCUAGAGAAUAUAUCUUUCUCAGACAGCAACUUCAGCAGCAUUCCUGGGAAGCUGUUUGCCUACGCUCCAAACAUGAAGAGCAUCAAAAUGCAGAACAACCGGCUCACGACAUUACCCGCCAAUGUGUUCAGGGAAAAUACGAAGCUCCUCUACCUGGACUUCAGCUACAAUGAUAUCAACUCGCUACCUUCAUCGGUGUUUGAAAAGCAGUACGUGCUUGAAACGCUAGUAUUUUAUAAAAAUGACUUCACGCAGCUCAAGGCGGGGCCCUUCGAUAACCUUGUCAGUCUGAAAUUACUAAAUUUUGAGUCAAAUUUUAUAACUAGCAUUGAAAAGGACACAUUCCAAAGACUACAGAAGCUCGAAGACCUGAAGUUAGGGAGCAACAAGCUGGAAAAACUUGAAGGCCUGACUCCCUUUGGGUACAACAAGAAACUGAAACGUGUUGACCUCUCCAGGAACCAGCUGGCUGAAUUCCCAUAUGUGAACUGGGAAAUAUACCUUGCAAUAGAGAAACUAAACCUCGAUUACAACAACAUAUCAUAUUUCAGGGUUCCUAACCUGUUGUCGAAGAAGGCAGAAUUUUCCUUAAGACACAAUAAAGUCACGAUGGUCGAAGUCUCCACUUUGCUCUUGACCUCGUACGAUAAUCACAAAGAAAAAGUCUAUUCCGACAACAGCUACGAGCAUUUCUACCGUCUCCAGGGUAAUCCCUUUGACUGCAACUGCCAACUCUACGAGUUUAUCAAGUACUUGAGGGACAACAAAAAGAAAGAGUCGGUGAUCUUCGAAGAUUCAGAUUAUUACGCAUGCCAGUCACCCAGAGCCCUCAGAGGCAAGGGGUUGUUGGAUCUCGGUCUAGGGGAACUUCAGUGCAAUGUGACGGAGAACUGCCCCGAAAAAUGUGCCUGCUUCUUUCGGCGGAUCGACUCGACCACACACGUCAAUUGCAGCGUUCAGGGCCUCACAACCAUUCCUAAUACGGCGCCUCUGAAUGCGAGCAUCCUCUAUGUACAGGACAAUCACAUCACUUCACUAGCCAACCUCACCAGGCCCCAGUGGCAGAACCUGUCGGAGAUUUAUGUAGACAACAAUGCCCUCACGUCCGUAGAUGCCAACAAGCUUCCUUCUUCGCUGCGGACAUUAUCGCUGUCCAACAACAAAAUCAGCCGCUUCAGUUCGGAAACAAUGGACAUGCUGUCCAACAACUCUUUAAACUUGAUGCUCAGUGGCAACCCAUGGGUUUGUGACUGUUCUAGCUUCAACUUCAAGACCUGGUUGAGAGGUCAUGUUUUUCAAGUAAAGGACUACUCCGAUAUCAAGUGCAAUAAGCCGCUUCGUUACAACGAUUCGCUGUCCCUGCUCUACAUCAACGAGAUACCAGACUCAACGUAUUGCCCUCCAGACAACAUAGACCAACGACGUCAGCUUGCGAUAGUGUCGGGUGUCUGUGUCGUUCUUGCUGUGCUGUUAGUGCUGGUGUCUGUGCUGUAUUACCAACACCGACAAACCAUCCUAGCAUACGUCUACAUCAACUUCAACAACCUCUUUGUGUGCAUCUUCAAUGAAGAGGACCUCGAUGAAGACAAACUGUACGAUGCUUUCAUAUCUUACAGUAGUGCUGACCGUGAUGUUGCCAUGGGCAUCCUUAACAUUCUCGAAAACGGACCUAACGAGGAAAAGUUUAAGCUCUGCAUUCAUGAGCGCGAUUGGCUCCCAGGAUACAAUAUCAGCUGGAACAUCGUUAACUCCGUUCAAAAUAGCCGACGAACUAUACUUGUUGUCUCAAAGGACUUCUUGGAAAGUCUGUGGUUCCAAGUUGAGUUCCACACAGCAUACUACCAAAUGUUGGAAGAUCGUGUAGACAGGCUUAUUGUGAUCACAAAAGGUGAUCUCCCUGCAAAGGACAGUCUUGACAAAGACCUCAGGUUCCUACUGUCUACCAAGACAUACCUUAUUUGGGGUGAACGCUGGUUUUGGGAGAAGCUAAGGUAUGCAAUGCCACAUCGAAAGCAGCCCGCCCCAAGCAACAAGCUGCCACUUCGGAAUCGGCCGAACACGCAGAUGGUUAAAACAGUCGAGGACCAAAUUGCAACCUUGGCAAAUGGCACAAAAUUGCAAAAAGACAAAGCCAAGGAAGAAGCCCCAGCAGAUAAAGUGACUCAGAACAACAACGCCAACACUGAAGACACAGUGUUAGAAGUUCCUCCGCGUAGGUCCAAGCGUGGUGCAGGCAUAACACAGCCAACAGACGAACCGGCAUGAAGACCUGCGCUAACUUAAGUCAGUGCAAUUUGUGUGUCUCAGCCUGUUCUCGUGGGCUAGGCAGAUGUGCUCUUGUGGCACUACAACUGAGAAUGCUCAGACUGUGUUCUAUCAUGAAACAUCACUGUGUAUAGUAUCACCAUUAGCAACCAUGCUCAGUGUUCCGAGUGAAUCGUCAACUACCAACUCAAGUGGACAGUAUUAAUGGACCUAGCUGAAGCUGUGUGACAGCUACAACCCUUAUCCAGUGUCAUAACAGAGGCAGCAAUGCUGUGUGUGCACAGGACAAUAAGGCAUUUGAAGGGUUAUGUAGUAUGCUGUGCAUCCUUACAUAAAAUACGAAGGUGAAAGUGAGAUAUAAUGGGUACUCAAUGGGUGGCCUUCACGAGCUGAAUGUGAUUUAAUGUAGAAAGUUACGACAAUAAAAAAAAAAGAGACUACAGUCAAACUCCUUUACAACGAAGCUCAGGGGACAGCAAAAAAAGUUCGCAGUAAAGGUAUUUUCGUUAAAAAGGAUGUCCAUUAUUGGACCUAUAGGCUCCAGCGGGACCGCAAAAAAAUUUCGCUGUAGUGGUAUUUUCGUUAAAAAGGUGUUCGCUAUAAAGGAGUUUGACUGUAUUUUGGCUCAGCUUUUGCCCAUA